AUGGCACGUCCUGCAGCACAACGUAAAAACAAAGCCGGCAAUGCCAAGAAUGCACCAAAAAAGGCUUCCUCACCAGCUAAGCCUACAGCUGCUGUCGCCAAGCAAGGCAACAAGAAACGUCAAGCUGAUACAUCCGAGACUCGUGCUCAACAACAACAAGUUAAGCGACAAAAGAAAGUAGAGGAACAGCAAGAGGAAUCAGAUGAAGAAGAAUCCUCAGAAGAAAGUGAUAGCGAUGAUGAUGAAUCACCCAAGAAUCGUUUCUCGCGUAUGGAAUCCAUUGCCAAUGGAGAGGAUAACGAGGACAAUGACAGCUCUGAUGAUGAGGAUAUUGAAGAAGAUCAAGUGGACGAUGAGGAUGAGGAUGAGGAAAUGGAAGAGGAUGAAGAGGAAGAGGAUGAUGAGGAUGAAGAGAUGGUUACCACGUUCCAAUGCGGCAUUUGCCCUGAUAAGGUGCUCAAGACACCUGAACAAGUCGAUGUUCAUCUUAACAGCAAGACUCACAAACGCCGUGAGAGAUACCUGACAAACCUGGAAGCUGAAAACAACAAGGAAGAACAAGAGCCUGAGACCAAAUUAGAUGAUGAACAACCUGAAGAAACUGAAGAACAAAAGGCAAAGAGAGAGGAAAAGGCGAAGAAGAGAGCUGAAUUGAAGGCUAGAAAGUAUGCAAAGAAAGCUGCAAAGCAGGCAGCCAAAGAGGAAGCUGAAAAGAAGCAAGCAGCUGAGAAGAAGCAAGUAGCCCAAAAGAAGCAAACAGCCGAAAAGAAGCAAGGAGCUGAAAAGAAGCAAGAAGCCGAGAAGCAAAAGGUUGUAAGUAAAAAGGCUGCUGGUGGCAACAAGAAAACUGCACAAAAGGCUGGUGGCAAGAAGGUCAACAAGAAGUAA